AUGGGAGGCGAAGCGGGAGAGGCUGGGGCAUCUCCUGAUGAGGGCUCUCAGACCGUCGUUGAGGAGGCAGAUGCGCGAUACAUCAGCAACUCUGGGAUGCUGAUGCAGCUCAAGAUACUGUCGGAGGCCAUGUAUCAGGGCUACCAUGCGCUGGAUACCUUGAGAUUUCAGCCCCAGCACGAAGUUAGCGACUCAUCAAUCUCCUUCUGUUCCUCCACUCGUCUCAAAUGUCCCCGCACAGUUCUUGCUUCGGUGAAAAAGGACAAGGUACAUGCCACAUUGGAGAAUCUGGAAACAGCUGUGGCGAACAUAUCAGAGUUCGUUGUGCUUCUGUGUGGGUGUGAUGAGCGCUUGUCCCGUAGGCCCUACGAUGCAUAUCUUUACAUCGGCAAUUUCAUGUUUGGUCGACAUGCAGAAAAGCAAAAGCUCCUCAACUUCUUACUGCAGCCUAACCCAUCAGAUGACCAUGCACCACCUCCAGUUCUGCCAAGUAUCGGUGCUCUUGCAGCUGGGAAGAAGACUUUGGUCGCCCAUGUAUGUGCUGACGAGAGGGAGUUUUGGUACCUCUUCAAGAACCUAGCAUUUGGAAGUGCGGACCCGGCAGAGCAUCCAAGACUAGUACAUAUAGCAGAAGGAUUUGCCAAGGAAUUGCAUCAGGGUGGAUCACUUGUUACAGCAAAUGCAUUGGCUGACGUGUUGAGAAGCAACCUGAAUGCUCAAUUCUGGCUUUCGAUAUUGAACAAGUGCAGAAAAGUGAUUGAGAAGAACCUCAUCGCUUAUGGGCAGCGCCCAAAUCUACUUUUUGAGCAAGGCCGUGAGGUGGACCUCACGGACUUCGUUUUGAGUCCUGUUAUUAAUCCCCUUCGCGUCUUACCUUGUACUAGUAGCGCUCUAACCAAAACAGAAUUACCAAAGGUGGCGUUUGGAGAACUACUGCUAGAUCCUUCUGUUAGGCCCAAAGGAGAAUUUGGUCUAUUGACAUGGGAAUCCAGGUUACCCCCUCAUACUUCAUUUAUUCACUUUGUCCCAAAUUGCACUCAAGAUAUGCCUCAAGGACAUAGUUUAUCAGGGAGGAAGCGCCAUACAGUGCCUUUCUGA